UUCACAGCGAAGCAGCUGGAGAAGCUCGCCAAGAAAGCUGAGAAAGACUCCAAGGCCGAGCAAGCCAAAGUCAAAAAGGCCCUGCAGCAGAAGAAUGUGGAGUGCGCUCGCGUCUACGCCGAGAAUGCCAUCCGCAAGAAGAACGAGGGGCUCAACUGGCUCCGUAUGUCAUCCCGGGUGGACGCAGUGGCCUCCAAGGUCCAGACGGCCGUGACGAUGAAGGGGGUGACGAAAAACAUGGCACAGGUGACGAAGGCCUUGGACAAGGCCCUGAGCUCCAUGGACCUGCAGAAGGUGUCUGCGGUGAUGGAUAAAUUCGAGCAGCAGGUUCAGAAUUUGGACGUUCACACGUCGGUGAUGGAGGACUCCAUGAGCUCCGCUACCACGCUGACCACGCCGCAGGAGCAGGUGGACAGCCUGAUCGUGCAGAUCGCCGAGGAGAACGGCCUGGAGAUCAUGGACCAGCUCAGCCAGCUCCCCGAGGGGGCUUCGGCCGUGGGGGAGAGCUCGGUCCGCAGCCAGGAGGACCAACUGUCGCGGAGGUUGGCCGCCUUGAGGAAUUAAGGUCUCCGGCCGCCCCUGUGGACUGCUGCC